CUUCGAUUGGGCUCACAAUCGAAAACGAGCUCUCUUUGUUUGCGCUUCUUCAGAGAGACGAAGGUGGAGAAGAGGAUAAAGAGUCAAGCAUGAGUGGGAUUUCUCUCUGCAAUUCCAUUUCGAUCCGUUCCUGCUCUUCUCAUCCUCUUUCUUGCUCUCAGAAAUUGCGCUUUUUCGCAUCUGUAUGCUCCGCGACCUCUACGUGUACCUCCCUUGUCCCUCGUUCCCGACAGACCCUUUUGAAGGCUCAAGCACUUGUCGAGAAAAGGGAUGAUGGGUUUCGAUCUUUCGUCGUAAAGAACCGGAGAGAUGGGCGCGGCGGUCUGAUGGAGUCGAAUGGCUUCGGCGAGGUUGUAGAAGGUGGCGAAGAUGAGGAGGAGGACGAGGAUUGGGAUAGUUACGAUGUUGCCGGGGACGGAGAAGACGAUGAAGGGGUGCUUCUGCCAUUGGAGAAGAUGAAGAAGUGGUUGGAGAGCAAGCCUCGCGGAUUUGGAGAAGGGAAAGUGUAUGAUACUUCCGUUGAAGAUAAGCUGCUCGACGAAAUUGAGCAAAGCUGGAAGGCUCAAGCUGCUAAUAUCAACAAGCUCAAGAACGAGCCUAUAAAGGCACAGCCUAAGCGCGGCAACAAGAACACCAAAGAAGGAGAUGAGGAUGUUGAAACUGGGAUUCGCGUGUGUGUGUCCAAUCUUCCAAAGAAGAAGAACGUUCACAAAGAUCUUAAGUCUGCUUUCAAAGGGGUUUCUGGUAUCUUAGACAUAAUCCCAUCUGUAUCUGGAAAUAAGAAGACUAGAGAUCCUGUCUGCAAGGGGUUUGCCUUUGUCGAUUUCAGAACUGAUACUGAUGCUGUCAGGUUUGUCGAUCUUUUCUCCGGACAGAGAAUAUUGUUUGGCAAGGUUCAGAAGCAAAUAAAAUGUACGGUUUUGAAUUCUUCUUCAAGCACAUCAGGCUCUGAUCAAGAAUCCUCAGAAGAUGAGCAAGAACUUCCGGACACCGACUUGGAAGAAGCAGUAUCAAAUUCUGAUUUUGUAGUGGAAGAUGCAUUCUUGGAUACAACACAGGUUGAAUCUGAUGAGUCUGGUUAUUCGACCAGGGAUCUAGAAGACACAAAAACUGAAGAUGCUAGACAGAAUCUUGUCUAUAGCAGCCGAGCAACUCCUAAAGAACCGAGGCAUGAUCCGGAGAUUCACUUGAAGUCCCCAGAACAAACGGAUGAGAUCCCAGCUAGGGAAAAUGGGAUUAUGAACAUGAUGACCUCCAGCAAGAUCUCAUUCCAAACCGUAGCAGAGGCAAAGCUGGAUGAUCAGCUUGAUGUGGAAGAUAUGGAAGAGAAUCCCGAAGCUGCAGGACAACCGAAAAGUUUACCAGAUUCUUCUUCAGAAGAAGGACUAACCAGAAUCAGGCAGUUGGAGCGGAAGCUUCUCUCCAAAGGAAAACUGUGGAACGGAGCCGACUCUGAUGAGACAGAAGAACAUAAACAAGAUAAAGAUGGAAAAAAGAAGAGGGCUAAAAAGAAGGUUCUUGCUAAAGGGCAAGCGAAGAAGGUCAAGAAGUUGGAAAUUCCGGGAUCUUCAAAGAGGUUAAGGGUGAAGGAGAAGGCUGUCCUGACAGGCGUUCUAUCCAAGUAUGCCGCCAAAGCUUCAACCUCCAAUGGCGAAUGAUAUAUGAUCCAACAUCCCACAUGAAAACCAAAAUCUUUUUCUUUGUAGUACGUUUUCUCCUUUGAAUAUAUUUCUAUCUUUUUUCUGGUGAUGUAAUGUA